AUGACGUCCAAUGGUGCUUUGACAGAGCUGACCAUCUCACCUUCGAGGACUUUAUCGUGGCCUUCGACUGCGUGGAUCGGCGUCAUGCGUAGCAGCGGUUUGGCAACAUCCUCGGCAAGCAUUUCAAUACCAAUUCGGAACGAGACCGACGCAUUAACAGCAAUUACACAAGCUGGACCAAGUGCUGAAAUGGUUGACUCUGCAUUGGAUCUUCGGUUGGCGUCUUCGUGCGCAGCAGAUCAUUCUCUUCAACAAGCUUUGGUGGACUCUGAUGAAUCAACAGUGGAUACUCCUAUUCCUCAUGCCGACGGCAACAGUAACAGCAACAACGAGACCAUAUUAUCAAUCGAUGAUGAAACGGUGAUCCUUCACGAAGAGAGUGAUUCAACCGUGCAGGCAAGAUUCACACUGGCAGGCUCUAGCAUCACCACGACUGUUCUUGGAAAAAGACGUGCUCAUGAUCAAAACGAAUCACCCAAACCCAAUGACAGUGUAUCAUCCCAACGCCUGCGUGUCGACACCCUUAAUGCCGACAACACAUCUAAUUCUGACUGCGCAUCGGAGAUUGAUCGUAAUGCAGGAUACAGUAAUCAGGAGCAGCUGGAGGUGGAUACACAAGAUGACGACAUCCAUUGGGACAUUGAUGAUGAAAGUGGCUUUUUCAGGGCUUGGAACGAUCUGAUGGAUCGAAGGUCGGACGCAUUACAUGAUUACGACCUCGAACAAUUUCAUGCGAUCGAAUGCGGAUAUUCCGUCAAGUCAAAACCUCACAUUCCACCAGAACUUUAUGAGCAUCUUCGCCUUGAGAAGCCGUCAAGUAACAUUAUUCACGAACAUAAGGCGUAUGUCAAAAAAUGCAUUGAGUCAGCUAAGUUCAAAGAAGCAGCCAACAUGUCAUUCACUGGGCUUAAUACCACAUCUGGGGAACUGGUUUCAAACGUAUUUCAGCACUUUGCCAAGCACAUUUUCAGCAAAGAUGGCAACCAUGUCGACGACAGCGAGAUUAUCUACAACCACAGGUUGAUAUGGCCGUGCUUGGAAAGCGUAACUGAUGCAAUGGUGGCGGAUACACUUGCUCGAUUUUCACCAGGCGAAGUGAAUUUGCAAUCCUUCAAUACUCUUGACGACAACUACAAAGCAGACGGCAUAUUGAAGUUUGACAUGACAGAAGUCCUGCUCCUUGAAACUUCUGGACCAUACAAUUGCAACGACAAGCCAAGAUCUGCAUAUGACCAUAUCAAAUGUGUGUUCGGCUUGUUGUCCAUGUUCAAAGCAGUCAUCAGCAAGUAUCCGUUUGCAACAGUACAAGAGUUUGGAAGUUUAAGGUUAUGGGUUGUUCAUGCUCGAGAGGAUGCAAUUCACCUGUGGGCGCUUGAAAUGCCGGAACCAGGCAUCUUUAUUCUCGAGAGAGUUUACAAAGUCACUAUACCAACAAAACUGAAUCAAGCGUAUCUCCUGCUGGAGCUUUUGAAGAUGUUGUGGGUGCUGAAGCUGGGCUUAGAUAAGACGCAUCACACGUUGCAAAGACUUGAGGAAUCCCACAACACUUAUUGCACAGCAUUGGCAUUCGAUGAGGUGGAAGAAAAGCACAAACGCCCCAACCUUGAAAGGACCAUCGCCACCAAAGUCUUCAAGCCGAAGCGUGGACCUGGAUUCGCUCAUUUAUUACCUCAAAGUUUCUCUGCAAAUGAAGUCAUGUCGCUGUAG